GAGGUCACCUACACCUUCCUUUUGUGUUUAACGGAGUGUGAAACGAGAACCUGCUUCCCGCGUCUGUCAGCGAGCAUGUGAUGCUGGUGUUGGGACAUCUCAAUUAAAGCACUUUGUGGAGAUGGGUGCGUUGGUGCCGCGGUCGAUACGGCGUUGUACGUGUAGCUAUUUACUGCUGACUGUCCAGAUUUGGUGAGAUCAUGCGUUCAGAGGAGUUGUGGCACGAGAUGCUAGCUAACAUCCAACAUCAGCACCGCUGAGUAUUCAAGUAUCAUCUGAACCAUGCAGUAGACCGACCUCAGUCGAAUAUCAGCCUCAGAUGAUCACAGCUCAUCCAUUGAGAGCAUCCAGCAGCCAGACCUGACACGAUACACAAUGAAUACUACGGAGUUCCCGUUCAGUACGUUGUCUCCGGAUGGGAACAACAACACUACGUCCAAUGACACCAGUGACGGCAAAUACGCCAUCGGGGCUACAAUCAUGUCCCCGAUUAUUAUGUCGCUUGCUGGUGUCGUGGGCAAUGUCUUGGCCCUGGUGGUCCUUCAGAAGACAAAGACUGAGAUAAGAAGAAUGAUGUUUUAUACAUUAGUGGCAGCUCUGGCUUGCACUGAUUUGGCUGGAAUCCUAUUGACAACUCCUGUUACCGUUGCUGCCUAUAUAAACCGACGAGAAAUGCCAGGUGGAAUAGGCCUCUGUAAAUUCAACGCCUUUAUAAUGGUCUGUUUUGGACUGGCAACGCCUUUAAUCGUUUGUGCCAUGGCAGUGGAACGCUUUCUUGCCAUCAAGUGUACUUACUUCUAUUCCAAGCAUUGUACGCCUCAUAAUGCAAGAAUUACCGUGGUGGUGUUGUGGGCAUUUGUUUUCUUCUUUGGUGCACUACCGUUGUUCGGCUUCGGGGAGUACACUCUUCAGUACCCGCACACGUGGUGCUUCUUGAACUUCCGCACCGACGACCUCGUCUUCGCUCUCUACGGUUACCUCUACGCUGGCGUCAACCUUGGCAUCGUCGUCCUGAUGACGUGCUGUAACGUCUUCGUCAUGAUCACCUUGCUGCGAGUCCGUUACAUCAAGCAACAACAAGGCCGGAACAGCAUCUCCAGUAGCCUCUUGCACGACAGCUUCGACGACAGUCGGCGGAUGCAGACUCAGAUGAAGCGGAAUAAGCAGAACGAUGUGGAGAUGCAAAUGAUUUGGCUCAUGUGCGCCAUUACCACCAUUUUCGCUGUUUGCUGGGCACCUCUUAUGAUUCAUAUCGUUAUAACGCUGGCAACCAAAAAAUCCAAUCCAGUGUUUGGAUUAAUAGCAGUUCGUCUGGCAAGCCUCAAUCAGACAUUGGAUCCAUGGCUCUAUAUUCUAUUGAGGAAGGCUUUCCUUAAAAAGAUUCGUGAUACAGCCAAAAAGUUUAUUUGUUCAAAAUCAACAUCUUCAAAAGAUGCACCGGAGUGCCGAUGCAACCAAUACGUGCACGUGAGACGACAGCUUUGUCACAGGAACUAUUUUGUCGGGAAUACAGAACCCAGUGACCCUGCCGCAAGACAAAGCUGUGAUGAAGCCAGAGUUCGAUCGAACGCGCAAGAAUUCCAACAUGGCGCCUCUGCACUUCCGGAUGUUAUGAGAACAACAUCCUCAAACAAUAGUGAUCUUCUUCCUGAUGUUACAAGAUCCAAAACUGCUGCUGUAGGCAUUCCAGAAUUCAACGGUGCUUAUGACAGUUCCUCAAAUAGCCAAAGGCAUCACUCGGAUAGCCCGGACGGCAUCUACGUCGACAUAUUCCGCGUUGUACCACCUGUCGCUGCUUCCUCAAACAUUGAAUCCGAUGACGUCUUGGUCUCAACCGCCAGUGCCAAUAACGCAAAUUUGAAUUCUGAUAGUGAUUCAGACGUGUUCGAGCCUGAGGAAUGUUCUUCUUCCGGUAUAUUCAGUCUUACCCCCAGUGUGCCCAAUGACCUGAUCAGUGAAAAAAGCUCUUCACUCCGAUGUCACGCCUGUCAAAUCGCCAAAAAAUAAAGAAACAGCAAGACGUACAAAGUCUUACACCUGAUUCUUGACCCUAUUCCGUAUAAUACCAGUGCCCAUAUCUGGAUCGGAGACACGAUCGCUACCAUUCCGGACAAAUGUGAAAUGGACACGUUCUCAAUGACAUUAUUGGAGGACAAUAUAGAGUUGAAGUCAAUUGACCUGAAACUGAAAGUGGGUGUGUGAUUAAAUGUAUGAACGUAGGUCUAUGUUUGUUUCGUUAUCAUGUUCCAUGCUCUUUCAGUUUUGUUUGGUGCUUGUUAAAAACGACCUCGAAGAGCAAUAGAAUUCAAAAUAUCUUAUUCUUAAGGGAUAUUAUUCUGGUAAGUAAACCAUGACGCAUUGUAGCAGAAAUCAGUAUUGUCAGCCUUCGUUGUUUUACGUACAUAUCAAAUACAAAACCACUUUAAAACGGUUAUUGGUGAAAUUUUAUACAUCAAUACUCAACUCAAACUAAACGCAGUAUCAGUUAUAGCUUAAUUCCGAAUGGGGAGUGAGUAUUGUUUUACGCCGCUGUUAGCAAUAUUCCAGCAAUAUAUCGGUGGGGAACACAAAAAAUGGGGCUUCACACAUUUCACCCACGUGGGGAAUCAAUCCCAGGUCUUGGGCGUGACGAGCGAACGCUUUAACCACAAGACUAGCCCACAGUCAACAUGGCGCUACCAAAGACAUCACUGUAGCAGUACCCAAAUGUCCUGCACACUGAGAAUGUAUACGUAAUGUCAUGCUUAAUUAUGUGUGUCCAGCGUUCAAAGGUUCAUAUAUGUCUAUCUUUUCAUACAAUUACGUUAUCAUUAUCGUAACUCUAUUCUCAAAGAAUGUCAAUGUCGUUCAUAUGUGUCAGACUUAAAAGAAUACAUGUGUCUUCGGGAAAUCAUGUGUUCUAAAUAUAUUUUCAUUCUAGUAUACACUCCUCCAAAGGUUGACUGAGAAAAAUAUUAGCUUUUUAUGCUCCAAAACACAAGAUACCUCUAAUUUGUAUUUUGCAGGCUUGUUGCAUAACAUGAUGAAAUAAGGACUAUAUUUUCUUUGAAGCACCCAGCCUUGAUCUCAAUCACGUCUCGUUUCUUGUAUCUGUGAUAUGAUGGUUUAUGUUUCAUGUAAUAAAGUGCUUAGCAAUA